AUGCCAUUGUGUGGUGGUUCCAGUAGCUCUAAGAAGCCCAUCGAGCGUAAAAUUGUCAUUUUGGGUGACGGUGCGUGCGGUAAGACCUCGUUAUUGAACGUGUUCACUCGGGGCUACUUUCCAAAAGUGUACGAGCCCACGGUAUUCGAAAACUACAUACACGACAUCUUUGUCGAUAGCCAGCACAUUACUCUGAGUCUUUGGGACACUGCGGGCCAGGAGGAAUUCGACCGGUUGCGAUCUCUGUCGUAUUCGGACACGCACACUAUCAUGCUGUGCUUCUCGGUGGACUCACGCGACUCGCUCGAUAACGUGCAGCACAAGUGGGUUGGAGAGAUUGCCGACCACUGCGAGGGCGUCAAACUGGUACUGGUGGCUCUGAAAUGCGAUCUGAGAAACAACACGGACGAGUUCGCAUUGGAGUCAGCCAUUACGCCAGGCAACAUUCAGCAGCAACAGCAGCAGCAACCAGCAAAUGCCAGGGAAGGAGCCAGACUGGUGUCGUAUGACGAAGGUUUGGCCAUGGCCAAGAGAAUCGGCGCGCUGAGGUACCUGGAGUGCAGCGCCAAGAUGAAUCGCGGCGUGAACGAGGCCUUCACAGAGGCCGCCAGGUGCGCUUUGACAGCGCAUCCUAAGGGUGCCCGGGAGGGCAGCCAGGAAGAGAGCAAAAGCAGCAGCAAGUGCUCGGUUAUGUGA